ACAAUAUUUUAACAUUAGAUAAGAACAACAAAACGAUUCUUAAUGCAGACAUAUCAGUGCACUUGAUACUUUGGGCCACUUUUACUUCAAUUAUCUCACCAAUAGCUGUCUGCCAUGGAGACGUUCAGCUUUGUUGUGUCUACUAUGGCUCUCAUCUUCCUCUUGACAAUAAUCCAUAGGUUCUCUAUUGGGUUUGGGUCAGGUGAGUUGGCUGACCACGGUGAUAACAUGGUCAUUAAACCAUAACUACCAGUACCAGUACUUUUGGGGGGGUGUGCAUGUGCUACAUUGUGCUGGAAGCUGAAAUCAGAAUCUCCACAAAGCUGGUCAGCAUGAAGUGCUUUGAAUUUCCUGGCAGACCGGCAGCUCUGCUGACCUUAAACUUGAUAAAACACAGAGAACCAACUCUGGCAGAGAUCAUGGUCCCCGAAUCACGACCAACUGUGGAGACUUCACUCUGGACCUGAAGCAGGUGGGGUUCUGUGACACCUUCAUUAUCAAGUAAAAUGCAAAAUAUACUUUAUUUUUAUAAGAUGACUUUGGACCUCUGAGCAACCGUCAUUACAGCUUUUUUCUGUGAAACUUGUAGUCCAUCCUGCAUACAUCUUCUGGCUCUCAAAGCAUUGACUACAACCACAUCUUACACCUUGUGGAUCUCCCUCCCCAAAAUCCUGAAAUGGCCUUUCUUCGUCUUUCCUUUAAGACAGCAGUUAUCCCUGUGUUUUUCUGCACCCAUUUUCCUUCCACUCAACUUUCCAUAAAAUUGCUGUUCUUUAUCCAUUAUCUUUUCGUGACUUGGUCUCCUUGUGUUGGGCGUCCUUUAUUUUCAGAUCUCCUUGCCAUGAUCGUGUGGGCCAUAACCUCCCCCAAAACAUAACAUUUAUACAAACACUGUAAGAACUGAUAGCCCCCUUUCAGAUCAAUGCACUUAAUUUGUCCUAUAACCUCUAUUUAUUACACUGAGUUUUGCACAGAGAACUUAAGUUUGUGUGUUUUCCAACCUUCAACUUAUGGUUAUAAAUCGUCCUGACGUUUCUUACGUUGGGAUAGUUGACUUACUUGUAGUUUCAAGGCAGCUUUUGAACUUUCCUUUCUACGUUGAAGAGACUUAGAUUGUAUUACAGGGUGAACCCUUUUCUUGUUGGUCUUAUUAAAUAUUCCAAUUUUCAGGUACGCUGGGUUUGAUUUUGUGUAACUAAGUAUGCGUUAGACUUUUCCAGAUGAAUUACAGAAAAAAAGUCCUCAUACUUCAUUCGAGUUCAUUUAGGCAAGCCUGUGUUCUUUUUUUUUUUUUUCUCGUAAGACUACAGCUAUUUUCUCCUUUUCCACCGCUUAGUCCAUAGAGGGAGCCAUGCUUUUCUGAACCCCAGGCGGUGUGGGAGAGAGACAACCUCAGAGCUGAACCUGCUCGGUACACCGCCCCCCUUCUCCUCCCCUCCCAGGACGCCUGCCUCACUACUCAAACCAGCAUGUUCAUCACAAGCUUGUUCUCCGUCAAACAUCUAACACCCACCGCUGAGCGUGCCCGGGCUGCUGCGCACGGCACACGUCCAGGUUCGCUGCAACACAACCCGAAGACGCUUUCUGCGGCAUCGCUCGGAGAGUUGGACACCGCAGGUUAAACGCAGGGCAUCUCCUUUCUGAAGCUGGGUCAAAAAUGUUGGGGAUCUGCGUGUUUCUGUGUGUUGUUUUCACACAGGUUCUGUCUCAGGAGCCCGAGGAGCCCGUUACAGUCUCAUGCACAGAAGGCUACACAUAUGACAAAGCAAGGGAGCAGUGCAAAGACAUCGAUGAGUGUAAACUUCUAGAGGAUGCCUGCAAAGGAGGGAUGCAGUGUGUCAACCACUACGGUGGGUAUCUCUGUCUGCCCAAGAGCGCCAUCAUCUACGUCACCAACGAGGUGGACCCACCGCCGUCGUCUGAGCAGGUCCCCCAGGUUCCUGUCAUCGCACCCAACCAGGCUCAUCACAAUAGGCAUGCUGGUGGGCACAGGGGGCCCCAAGUCAGCCAGACCAUUCGCUGUUCUUCAGGCUUCAGUGUUGAUGAGCAGAACAACUGCAGAGACAUAGAUGAAUGUGCAACAGGCACACACAGUUGCGGGCCUGGGCACACCUGCUACAACACCAGAGGCUCCUUCACGUGCCAGUGUCCUCUUGGCUACUAUCAGAACGGGGACAGCUGUGUCGACAGAGACGAGUGUGCCCUGAGGCACUACUGCAUGCAAGGAUGUGUGAAUACCCAGGGCUCAUACUACUGUGAAUGCCAUCCCGGUUACAAAUUAGCCAACAACAACCACUCAUGUAUAGAUGUGAAUGAAUGUGAUGUGGAAAAUCCAUGUCAGCAUCAAUGCUACAACCUGAUGGGCUCCUUCCUGUGUCAGUGCAACAACGGCUUUGAGCUGGCUGCAGACAAGGUCUCCUGCCAAGACAUUGACGAAUGCAGCUUGUCCAGCUACAUGUGUCAGUUCCAGUGUAUUAACAACCCUGGGAGUUACUCGUGCGAGUGCCCGCAAGGAUAUCAGCUCCAGGGAAACAGGUUGUGUCAAGACAUGAACGAGUGUGAGAUGGGGACUCACAACUGCCAAGACGAUGAAAUGUGCUGGAACUAUUAUGGAGGCUUUCGCUGUUAUCCCAGAAACCCCUGCGAUUCUCUUUACACCCUGACCUCUGAAAAUCGCUGUGUUUGUCAAUCUCAAGCCGAGUGCCAGGGUCUCCCUCCGUCAAUAGUCUACAAAUACAUGAGCAUCCAGGCGGACCGAUCUGUGCCAGCGGACAUUUUCCAGAUUCAGGCCACCAAUAUGUUCACCAACACACGCAACAAUUUCAGGAUUAAAGCCGGAAAUGAAGGCGGAGAGUUUUUCCUUCGGCGUUCCAGUAACGUAGGUGCCAUGCUGGUGCUUACCAAGCCUUUGUCAGGGCCCAAGGAGUACGUGGUGGACCUGGAGAUGAUCACUCACCAUCUGACCAUGAACUACCAGUCCAGCUCCCUGCUGCGGCUCACCAUCAUAGUGGGGGCUUAUCCCUUCUGAGCUUUAGCGGUCCUAGCAUCUCCCAUAGGUAUGGUUUCAGCAAACAUAGCAAAAGCCUUUAUCACUAUACGCUACAUCCUCUCUCUCAGUACAAGCAUAUAACAUAGCCUUCCUCACAUUUAAACACCAGCAAAAGCAGUUCUUAUAUAGUUGCUGAAAAACUAAACCAAAUCUGUGCUAUGACAUCGCCGUUAGCCAUCAUGUUCUAGUCAGCGUGCCUUGAUCUUCAAAUACAUGCCAUCUUUAAUCUUUUAAAUUCAGUUUUAAUCUUUUGUUUUUUGCUAAAUUCCAAACAACUGGAAAAAGUGCGGUGGCACUAAUGAAAGGAAGCAUUAGACACACUAACUGGAUUAUAUUUAAAUUCAGCUCUACUUAUUGGACAUUCGUCCCUUUUUGUUUUCAAAUCAGAACUGCUUUAAGUAACCAGUGGAUGCACCUGUAGUUUGAGAAAGCCACACUUGGACAAAUAUCCAGCAUUAGCAGCUUUUUAUGCAAUAGUAAUCUACAGUUUUUACUGCCACACUUCUAUUGAGGAAUAUUAGAGGUUAGGGGUGCAGGUUUCUGCGUGGUAUGCCUGAUAAGUGACAAUUUCCAGAGAACUGGGAACAGUUCAAAAGUGUACAAGAGAGGUAAUUCCCCAUUGAGUUGAGGGAGUGUUAAACUUUCUUUUGCAGCGGGCUUAAAGCUUGGAGACCGGACACACAAGAGUAACGACAUGUAUAUAAAUAGGUAAAAAAAUUAAAAAAUAAAAAUCUUUGUACGUGCCGAUGUUGAUGAAUGCGUGUGCGCCGCUAGCUUUGUUUAUGCAUGAAUGCAGAUGUAAGUGUGAAACACAGCGGGAGAGAAGGGGAAAGAAUGAGAAAGUGUUCGCUUUCCUUUCUUGGGUUCGGUGGAUGUGGCCGAGCUGUUUAUGCGUUUCUGUGAUGCCAUCCUAGCAGCGUCCAUCACGGAGCCAAUAACAGAGACCGUUAAACUCGAGAACACAUACAGGAAAUGAUGGCUUUGGUAACACACCUUGGCAACUCCACCACUCUCCGCUGCUGCGGUUAUUCACCAGAGUUACAGCGAGACUCUAAUGUCAGUCCUAGUCAAGAAGUCACACUGGCACCAGGCUGGCUUGCGUUAUAAAAGAUAAUUGCUGUGUUUUGCGCUGUAGCGGCUUCAUGCUUGACACAGGGGAUUAUUAAAGUGUUAAUACAAUGCCACCAGACGUUUGGCGGAGUGAGAGAUCUUUCACUACCUGUUCUGCCUUUUCUGGCUCCAUGUGUCUGCUUUCUGGCUCAAUGCUGAAACACUGUAAACUGUUGAUUCACACCACUGCGAAACGGACAUGUUGUCAUCACCCUGUAAGUGCAAAAAGCUGCCAAGUUUUGCCUUAAGAUAAUCCCGUUUGUGUGGUUUCAGCUCUCAUUAAGUCGUUUUGCCUUCAUGCCCUGUACAAAACCUGUAACACUAAGCAAAGCAUUCAUGCUGUCAAGACUUUUUACUUUCCUCAGUGAGAUACCUUAAUGUUUUGUUUCAUUUUCUAUUUAAAUAUAUAUUUUGUCGUUUAUAUCUUGUAAUGAUUGUACUCUGAAGAGCAAAAGCUAUAUUGUUUAAUAAAGUGUGAUAUAAAAAUCUG